AUGACGACAGAGUUACGCGGCGAGGGCCUCAGAAGCCUCUUGAAUGACCAUUUGGCAGUCCUUGCGAUUGGCGCAGUGACAGUCUACGCCUCGUUGAGAUUCGUCUAUUUGUCAUACUUACAUCCCGCAUCGCAUUUCCCAGGCCCAAAGCUGGCCGCAAUUUCGAACCUGUGGUAUGCGUACCAACAUCUCACUGGCCGAUAUCCAUGGGCAGUUGAGAAGGCCCUCAAGAAAUAUGGCGAGCUUUCCCCAGAGCCUUGUUCACCAGAUAUUUAUAAUAAGCAAACCAAGAAUCUGGAGCACUUCGUCAAGGUGGAUGUGGCUAUCGGGUUUGGAGAUGAUGGAAUUACGUGGGAGAAAGAUCCAGCAAAGCACCGCCAAAUGGCCAAAAAGCUCUCUCCAUCCUUCAGCGUCAAGUCCCUCAAGGCUCUUGAGCCGAUCAUGCACAACCAUAUCGAUAAGUUUGUCCAAACGAUAAAAACUUAUGGGAAUACCGAUGGUGGGAUUGAGCUGAAGAUAUGGACAGACUGGGUUGCCAUGGACAUGGCAGCCGACAUGGCGUCCAGCCGGGAGCUGAAGCAAGUUCAAGACAUGAAGAGCUCGCCCUUGCUGACAAUCUUCUGGGCCUUUAAUUUCUUUAUCACAGUUAACCAAGUCUUCAAGAAAUUUCCCCUUCUGAGCCCCUUGAAAUGGGCUUUUCUUCCAUUCUCCGUACUCUUCAGCCGGACCCAAAUUGAACGGGUGAAUCGAGACGCACUCGAGGGCAGGAUCGAGAGUCGUACGCAGAUGCAGCAUCCGGAUCACUUUGAGCAGCUGCUGCCUGCCAACGCGCCCAUUCCCACUAAGAGAGAGAAACUACACCUUGAGAUUCUUGUGAGCCAGUUGUUUCUUGGGGGCUAUGAACCGGUCGCCAGCCAAAUCCACUGCGCAAUCAUGUUCUCGUUGCACGAGCCGGAAACUUUGAAGAUCUUGGUCAAGGAGAUCAGAAACGCAUUCAACAGCUACGAAGACAUCAGCUCGGACCCCCUGGCCUCUCUCAGCUACCUGAACGCGGUUUUGAUGGAGUCCAUGCGCCUGACUGUCAACGUGGCGACUGGACUGGCACGAUCAAGUCCUGGCUCGGAGGUGGACGGAAACUAUAUUGCCAAAGGCAUCACCGUCCAGUAUGCUCACUUUGCAUUUACGCGUAGCUCUGCGUACUUUCACGACCCGCACAAGUAUAGGCCUCAACGCUGGCUGCCCACGACUCACGAACAUUGGGACCCAGCAUUCCAAGAGGAUGCCACCGACUCGUUCUUUCCAUUUGGCCACGGGCCUAGGGCUUGCAUAGGCCAGGCCCAGGCGUGGCGCCAGAUGAGGCUCUUCGUUGCCAAGGUGCUCUGGACGUUUGACGUCGAGAUGCUACCCGACCAGGAUUUGAACUUCGAGCGAGACUUCAAAUUGUACGCCAUGUGGGAAAAGCCAGAGUUCUGGGCACGAUUCCAUGAGGUGGCCCCCUCUGCGCGUGACAGCCAGAAGGACUAA